ACUAAGUAUGACGUCAUUAUAAUGUGAUGACGUAAUUGUCCUGAAGGCGGGUAGAAAACAACUGCAAAAAAAAACAACAACAACAACGCAAAAGUUUCUUCCGUUAGAAAUCAUGGAGAAACACAAUUCAGUGUGUUUUUCUAUACUAUGCGUGUUGGUGUUUAGCAGAAUUGCUUAUGUGAAAGGGUGGCAUGGCUUCAACAAUUAUCGAUUCCAUUGUUGGGAUUUAACCGCAUCACAGGAUAAUCAAAAUCCUCUAAAUGAUGAGCAUUGUGAAGAAAACUUCAAAAUGAAAUGGGUGUUAAAGCCACCAGAUGAAAUGCGUGCACAGGAUCCUUUUAAUGUUACUUACUUCCUGCAGGUUCAACCAGGUUUCUAUGACUGGGCGGUGAAAAAUGGUCAUUUCACUGGUGUUGGUCCAGGAGAUUUGGAGUAAGUGUUAUAAAAAUUUUGA